AUGUGGGAAGAUGAAAGCGCCGAAAUAACCUCGCGCUCUCGAUAUCCUGGUGAUGACACACGACCUACGAGCAAUAGAGAGCUUGCUGGAUGGCUCAGUUAUAGUUGGGCAGCUGAAGUCUUUGCGGUGUGCGCAAUGGGGUCGUUCCUCCCCAUUACGCUGGAGCAAAUGGCUCGUGACCGUGGUGUCCUUCUAUCAGAUAAGGUGACGCCGUGUGUGGAUUGGCAAACCCCGAGGCAACCAUCUUUACUUGACUCGUGGAGUUAUAAUGUCACUACUGAUGCGAGCGAGAGCUAUGGAACACUAGCCACUGGCCAAUGCAUUGUACUGAUUCUCGGUGUCGAAAUUAACACGGCAAGCUUUGCUAUGUACACAUUUUCCUUGAGUGUCUUUGUGCAGGCUAUGUUGAUCAUAUCUAUGUCUGGUGCUGCAGACCAUGGGAGCUACCGCAAAACUCUCUUGGUUACCUUUGCUUUUAUUGGCUCCUUGACGAUGAUGCUGUUUCUUGGAGUUGUGCCAGGGCUUUACAUUGUCGGUGGUCUGUUCGGAAUAGUGGCAAACACCUGUUUUGGGGCAUCAUUUGUUCUUUUGAAUUCCUUUUUGCCCCUGCUAGUCCGCCAGCAUUCUUCUGUGCUUCGAACAGUCAGUGCAGAUGCUUCUUACGCCCCAACGAGAGAGGACUGCUCUGUUCAAAACAGCGAUGGCCAAGAUGAUAUCGACGUGAUCACACCGCUUCUCCAACGCAGACAACACAGCCUAGAUCCUCCCGGGGACACCUCGCAGGCACUAGAGCUCUCGACUAAGAUAUCCUCUUAUGGAAUAGGGAUCGGAUAUAUUGGCUCUGUGAUAUUACAAUUGAUUUGCAUCCUGGCUGUCGUUGCUACUAAACAAACCACCUUUUCUCUGCGGCUUGUCCUCUUUCUCAUCGGACUCUGGUGGUUUAUCUUCACCAUUCCCGCCGCACUUUGGCUUCGUCCACGACCAGGACCUCCUCUUCCGCACGAUGAAGGGAAGCAAGAUCGCUCUUGGAUUGGCUACGUGGGUUUUGCUUGGAAGUCCCUUGGUCGCACUGCUAUGCGAACUCGACACCUGAAAGACAUAUUACUGUUCUUAGCAGCGUGGUUUCUACUGAGCGACGGAAUUGCCACUGUCAGUGGCACUGCUGUUCUAUUUGCCAAAACCCAAUUGGACAUGCAGCCUGCAGCAUUGGGCAUGAUAAAUGUCGUGACAAUGGCUGCCGGGGUAUUCGGGGCAUUCUCCUGGCGCUAUGUGUCAAGCAUAUUCAACCUGCGUGCUUCACACACAAUAAUUGCAUGUAUUAUCUUGUUUGAGAUCGUGCCCCUCUAUGGUCUCCUGGGAUUUAUCCCGGCAAUCAAGAAUUUGGGGUACCUUGGACUCCAGCAACCCUGGGAGAUGUUUCCCUUGGGUAUUGUUUAUGGCCUUGUUAUGGGAGGCUUGUCGUCAUAUUGUCGAAGUUUUUUUGGAGAGCUCAUCCCGCCCGGCUACGAAACGGCCUUCUUUGCUCUUUAUGCCAUCACCGACAAGGGGUCGAGUGUUUUCGGGCCCGCUAUCGUGGGAAUAAUCACGGACCGUUAUGGUGAGAUCCGGCCAGCAUUCGCCUUUCUUGCCGUCUUGAUACUGCUUCCACUGCCGCUAAUGCUUCUCGUUGACGUCAAUCGAGGUAAACGGGAUGCCUACGCGCUUUCGGUAGAACUGGCGGGCCACUCCACACGGGACACACCUUGCUACGGUGCAACUCCACAAGAUCAACCAGAAAAUGAAGAGGCCGUGGCCCACACCGAGCAUUGA